UAUUUAACACACCCAACCUCAAUCUCACAUGCGAAGGACAGUGAUUGUCUUUUUUCCUUGCUCACAAGGCACACUGUAGUCUAUCUCCGAGAGAGAAACCGAAUCGGCACCUAUCUGAGUUAUUUGUUUGAUUCGUCUCGCUUUGGUUGUUUUGUAUUGCCUGUCUUUAUUCGGGAUUUGCUGUGAACGUUGCCAUUUAUUCUCAUCCUGGGUCGCUUACUGUACUUUGCCUGCUGCGCCUUUACACGUUGUUUUAUCGUUUCUAGUGGAAAAGGAGGAGUCUUUCGAAUAGUCUUCUUCUAAAAUGAUAUUUUGACAUUGGUGAAUAGUGCUCUUUCCUAUCCCGGACUGGACCAAUGCGUAGCCCGUGCCCAGCGGAUCCACGACAGCUCCGUUUCUCACACAGCAGAGUUCACGCUCAAUGGCCGGACCGAUGUGCGCCAGCAGACCCCGCCGACAUACACCUCUGAUGGAUCAUUUAUCUACCGUUUUCGAGCUUCUUUCCAGACCCUUGCACUUCCUUUAUACCGUGUAUUGUGCGUAAAGCCUUGGGGUCGUAGCUGUAGAGCGAAAGCAAUUGAGAUAAUGCCGCUUUCCCAACUCGACCGUUGGUCUGAACCGAAUCGACCUGUUUUACCUGGGCGCAUGCGGAGAAUCCUCUCGUUCUGAACCACAAAAGAAGCCUGCCGUCUGGAUUUCUAUGUGGUUGGAAAUACAAAAGUUGAACACUGAAACAUUUAGUCUACUCAAGACGGCAAGAAGUGAAGAUGGUUACGUGUUCAACGUGUAUUUCAUUAAAGUGGCAUCCAGCGUAAUAAACAUAAUCAGUGAUGUAGUGAGUCUGUUCAUAUGCGUGCUCAUCAUUUGCAGUAAAUACUCGCAACUGCUCAAACAGGGGACUAUGAAGAUGAUACUCUUCCGUAAAUUCCGGGUUUUGAUUCUCAUGGUGUUUCUAAUCGCCUGCUCGAUGCACAUCAUGAUAGACUUGUUACCAAAGCUGGAGAGGCGCAGCAACAGCGGCUGCUCCUGCUCGCACAAGCCGAGCGAGGACCCUCAGAACUGGGCUAAACACCGAGCUAGGUCGGGAGCGGAGUCAGGCUGGCCUAACAAACACACGCUGAGAAUCCUCCAGGACUUCAGCAAUGAGCCAAACUCUAACAUCUCUUCCCAUUCUCUGGAGAAGAACACCAAAGCGGGAAACAAAACGGAAGCCUUUAAACGGAUUGAACAUUAUGCACAAAAUGGUGACAAAAAGAGACGGUUCAUACACGACACUGUGGUCACCAAAAACAUACCUGUCAAGAGUUCAAGGUUGCUGGCUCUGUUUGACCACCCGUUAUUCAAGAGAGCCUUACCGUCUCUGACCGACGAAGACACCUUGUUCAACGUCAACACAGACAUCAGAUUUGACCCCAACGCCGCCACAGAGAAUCAGGAAUGGCACGCUGAAGGGAACAUGGAGGAGUACACUCCAACAGGAGGAGAGCUGACGGCUGACUCCUACCCCAACUGGCUCCGCUUCCACAUAGGGAUUAAUCGAUAUGAGCUCUACUCCAGACAUAACCUAGUCAUCGAUGCUCUGCUCAGGGACCUGGUCUCACAGAGAAUCACCAGCGUCGCCAUGAAGUCUGGAGGCACCCAACUGAAACUGAUCAUGACGUUCCAGAACUAUGGACAGGCUCUGUUCAAACCUAUGAAGCAGACCCGGGAGCAGGAGACGCCCCCUGACUUCUUCUACUUCUCGGACUUUGAGAGACACAAUGCUGAAAUCGCUGCCUUUCAUCUGGACAGAAUCCUGGACUUCCGUCGUGUCCCUCCUGUAGCAGGCAGAUUGCUGAAUAUGACUAAAGAGAUCAAAGAUAUGACCAGGGACAAGAAGCUGUGGAAAACCUUCUUCAUAUCACCAGCCAACAACAUCUGUUUCUAUGGGGAGUGUUCGUACUACUGCUCUACGGAGCAUGCUCUGUGCGGUAAGCCGGACCAGAUCGAGGGUUCCCUGGCCGCCUUCCUCCCAGACCUGGCCUUGGCAAAACGUAAGACCUGGAGAAACCCCUGGAGACGAUCCUACCACAAACGCAAGAAAGCCGAGUGGGAGGUGGACCCUGACUACUGUGAAGAGGUGAAACAGACUCCGCCCUAUGACAGCGGCACCCGUCUGCUGGACAUCAUGGACAUGACCAUCUUUGACUUCCUCAUGGGCAACAUGGAUCGUCAUCACUAUGAGACGUUUGAGAAGUUUGGCAAUGAGAGCUUCAUAAUCCACCUGGACAACGGGAGAGGGUUUGGAAAGCAUUCCCAUGAUGAGGUGUCUAUCCUGGUUCCUUUAAGCCAAUGUUGCAGAGUGAGGAAGUCGACCCACCUGCGUCUGCAGCUGCUGGCCAAGGAGGAGUACCAGCUGAGUGAUCUGAUGUCUGAGUCUCUGCUAAGGGACAAACUGAUCCCCAUCCUCAUCCAGCCUCACCUGGAGGCGAUGGACAGACGCCUACGCCACACACUCAACGUCCUGGCAGACUGCAUCGAGAAGGAGGGCUAUAGUAAUGUUGUGGAGGAUGACCUGGCGAGUGAGAGGAAGGGGGCUCAGAUGCACACAUCACCCAGGGGGAGGUAGCUGGGAGGCCUGAACUGUUCUGGAAUGGACCAGACUGGAUUGGACCGGAUCAAACCGUAUGUAACUAGAGUCGAUCAGACUGAACUGGAUUGAACUGGAUUGGACUGGACCAGAUUAAACCGGACUGAACCGGUUUUGACCACCAUCCCCAUAGGCCCCUUAAAUAACAGUGUACACCUCCCAACCAAUCGAUCAUCUCCCACCACAGCACCACAGAUCAUGAAAGUCUUGCGAGAGCCGCUUGUCUUGUUCAGGAGACAUUUUUGAAUUCAGUGAAUUCCAAGACUGGUAUUAUUCCUUCUGCUGUCAACUGAAUAUUGUGUUUCUACACAUUGUUGGGACCUGUCGCAGGUGUGCAAACGAUAUGCGUAUUGGAGAUCGAUUCUGUGUCUUAAUGAACAAUUUAUUGCAAAAUGUUUUAUAACUUCUGUUGCUCUUUUACAUUGUAUUUUGUAUUAAUUUAAGAGAUAUUUCAUUGGAGGGUUUACUGCAAAAUGUGUCUUCUGCUUUUCAUCUUUCAAAUGCUUCCUGUCCCGAGAGUAUUUAUUGCAUUUCAUAUUAAUUGUUUGAAAUAAAUGAGACCCAAAUCAUUUUUCUAUCAAUA